AAGUAGAACGCUCUUGGUCUUCUGUGUGGUCUUAUCGGUUUUGUUUUUGAAAGAUGAUGAUGGUUGAAAGUGGUGGUGCUGACUGAAGAAGACGCUGAAGAAAAGGAUGAGAGGAGAAAGAAGAACGUAACACAAGUCUCGACGAAAUGGUUUUGCAUGAUCGUAAAUUCGGCACCACGCACACGCAAUACCAGUACUACAUGCUUUUAAUUUUUUAUAGGAAUUCCUAAAAAAGAAAAUGCUAGUCUUCGCGCAAAACACCUCCUAGCCACACCUUUUUGUCCUCUCAACACUCCUCUACUCAGGUCUCUACUCAUUCCACACCCACCGAAUAAGUACUUACACCAUCGUAAAACAUGACUACUUCCAGUCCAUCUGAAGCAAAGUACGCGUCUCUGCUUCCCAGCGGAACUUCCCAGAAGAUGUCAACAGAUGGUCCUCUGGGUACCUCGUCAGGUUCGAAAUUCGGAGCACGAUUUGGUUUUGAGACUGAAGUUAAGACCAUGGAAGAUUGCCUAGAAGUUGUAGAAGUAGUUCUGGACGAUUGAUGUCUACUAGAA